GGCUGCUUCCGCAGCGCCGAGCCAGGCCCCCGCUGUGCCCAGCCCGGGUGGGGACCGUCUGCGGCGGCUGCCACCAGCCCCGGGCUCUGCCCGCACCAGCCCCCGGGGCCGGAGCCUGCAGCUGCUUUAAAGGAGCCAGCUGCGUGUUCCCGAUGGAGAAGUGGCUCUUCCUAGAUCCUCGGCAGAGGGCCCUGUACAGAGAUGUCAUGCAGGAGAGCUAUGAGACCCUGAUGUCCCUCAAAUAUCCCAUCCCUAAACCGGACGUGAUCUCCCGGCUGGAGCAAGGGGAAGAGCCAUGGGUCCCCCCGGAUCUCCAGGGCUCUGGGGGAAGAGACCUCCCGAGAGACGCCAGCCCAGGGACAGCAAGCGAGACUGAAGGGGAGGCUCCACAGACAGGAGGCCCUGAGACGGCAUCAUCGGGAAGCAGCGGGGGGAAGGUGGCCCGCAAUGCCAAAGGGGGCAAGGCCGGCAGGUCCGGAGGCCAGCAAGGAAAGCCGCCGGGGAAGAGACAGGGCAGAGAAGCUCCAUGCAACGGAAGCUUCAAGAAAGUCCGGGAUGGGGCAGCCCCGCGGAGAGGCAGAUUGGGGGAGAGCCCCGAAGCCAGGCUCAGUGUAGACGGUAGCAGGCAACUUCCUGCAGGAGAGGAGCCCUCUCUAUGCCCGGAGUGCGGGGAGAGCUUUACGGAGAGCUCCGCCCUCCUUACCCACCAGAGAUCCCACGCGGGGCAGGGCUCCUACCCGUGCCCGGAGUGUGGGGAGAGCUUCAUCGAGAGCUCCGCCCUCCUUACGCACCAGCGGUCCCACGCGGGGCAGGAGCCCAUCCCGCGCCGCCGUCCCCAGGCCCCCGGCGGGAAGCGUUACCGCUGCUCGGAGUGCGGGGAGCGCUUCCGGGUGGGUUCCCACCUGGCCACUCACCUGCGCCUCCACACCGGGAUCAAGCCCUUCCAGUGCGCCGACUGCGGGAAGGGCUUCGACUGGGGCUCGCACUACGCCCGGCACCGGCGGCUGCACACCGGCGAGCGGCCCUUCCAGUGCGCCGACUGCGGGAAAUGUUUUGGGCGCAGCUCCCACCUCUACCGGCACCAGCGGGCCCACGCCGGCGGGAAGCCCCUGGAGUGCCCGGACUGCGGCAAGGCCUUCAACAGCAGCGCCUUCUUCCACAAGCACCAGCGGGCCCACGCAGCCCCCCGGCAGCCCCACCGCUGCCCCGAGUGCGGGGAGAGCUUCCCCCGCAGCGCCGCUCUGGCCCGGCACCGCCGGAGCCACCGGGGAGACAAACCCUUCCGGUGCGGGGACUGCGGGAAAGGCUUUGCCUGGAGCUCCCACCUGGAGCGGCACCGGCGGGUCCACACCGGCGAGCGGCCCCACACCUGCGGGGAGUGCGGGGAGGCCUUCAGCCAGAGCGCCCACCUGGUGAAACACAAGCGGGUGCACACAGGCGAGAGGCCCUACGGGUGCCCGGACUGCGGGAAGAGCUUUGGGGACAGCUCAGCACUGGCCAAACACCGGGGGUGCCACGCCGGCGGGGAGAGACGCCGCCUGGCUGCGAAACGCCCAGCGGCAGAGAGACCCCAUCAGUGCGGCGACUGUGGGAAAAGUUUUGCUCGGAGCGCGGCGCUGGUGAGGCACCGGAAAAGCCACACCGAAAGGCAGCCCGACAGUGGGGAGAGCUCAGCCCAGACGAGCCCCGCGGGGGACAACUCCCCCCAUCCCUGCCCCGACUGCGGGAAAAACUUCCCUCGUGGCUCCCAGCUGGACAGACACCGGCGCCUCCUCCACGCAGCGGGUCCGCCCCACCAGUGCCCACAGAGCGCCGCGCUGACCAAGCAUCGCUGGGGCAACAGACCCUUCCGGUGCGGAGACUGCGGGAAAGCCUUUGCCUGGAGCUCGCACCUGGCCCGGCACCGACGGGUCCACACCGGCGAGCGGUCCCACACCUGCGGGGAGUGCGGGGAGGCCUUCAGCCAGAGCGCCCACCUGGUGAAACACAAGCGGGUGCACGCAGGCCAGCAGAAGAGCUCUGGGCACAGCUUGGCGCUGGCCAAGCACCGGGCUGGCAGAGAGGACACAUCCCACGGCUCCGGCGACUGCGGGAAAAGUUUCAGCUGCGUCACGGACCUCGACCAGCACCAGCCUUCCCACGCGGCGGAGAAACCCUACCGGUGCGGGGACUGUGGGAAAAGCUUCAGCCAGGCACCGGCGCUGGCCAGGCACCGGCGGCUCCACGCCGCUGGGGGGAAACCUUUCCGCUGCGCCGACUGUGGGAAGGGCUUCGCCUGGAGUUCCCACUGGGAGCGGCACCGGCGUGUCCACACCGGUGAAAAGCCUUUCCAGUGCGCCGACUGCGGGAAAUGCUUCGGGCGCAGCUCCCAUCUCUACCGGCAUCAGAGGAACCACCCCGGAGAGAAACCCUCCUCCCAAGGGGCUGAGUAAGGGGGAACGCGACCACCAGGAAGGGACCCUAAUGAGACAACAGGGAAACCAACCCCAGGAACCUUCCUGCCAAAGGUGCAACUAAGAGGGAAGGUGUCUGCUAGGGACGAGAUAACAAGGAGUCCACCUGGGAGAGGAACCCCUUUGAGUUUGAUCCGUAUUAGGCAUCGGGGAAUCCUCUCAGGGCCAAGAAUUCCAAUCCACGCACUAACUGGGGCUAAUGUUCGUCCAUCACGCGUGUUCGGCUGCACCCAGCCGCUGAUCAGUGAGCCCCUAGUGGCUUGCACGCCAUGAAGAGGAAUCUCCUCCUCUCACCCAAGUUGGAUGGGAAGCAGCAGAGGGAGGGGAGGUGCCGUCACUUUCCCUAAACCACAUCGACCCCUGACGUCCACCCUCACGCACGCCCUCUCCCCGGUCUCUAUCUCCCCUCCACUGGGCAGGCGUCAGGGCUGCCUCCCGCUCGUCCGUGGAUGAAAUAAAGGCUUGAGAGAGAAACUUUUCGCACAGAACAAUCCAUGACCCAUAGGUGGUUUCAGAGGAGGCACUGGACAGAAGUUGGGGAAAGGCAGAGGUACCGCUUCUCAGUGGGCAGCACUCAGGCACUCUGGAGGAGAGGAGGCCAGGCUGCAAAGGUCGAAAAGGAGAACGCCUGGAAAUGGGAGGCAGAACGGACCCAUGGGACUCACUGCUGCAGGAUAAGGGCCCAUUUCGGGAUGGUUUCCGGCAAGCGUUCACAGGCUAAGGGCGCUAAGUCCCAGGAGCAAGCGGGGCUGGGUGCCACAUUUAUGUCGUCCCCCAUUAGCCCGAGCAUCCCAUUUAUACCACUCCCCAUUAGCCAGAAUGCCAGGUUUAUACCAUUAGCCAGAGUGUCACAUUUAUUCCAUUCCCCUUUAGUCAGUGUCACAUUUAUAUCAUUCCCCAUUAGCCGGAGUGUCACGUUUACACCAUUCCCUGUUAGCCAGAAUACCACAUUUUAUACCGUUCCCCAUUAGCUCAGCGAUUCUUCGAGCUGCUGUGUCAGGAAACAUUUCAAAGCAGGAUCCAGGAUUUUCACCAGAACCGACGUUGGUAGUCGAGUCUGGGAGACAAGAGGCUGAAAUGGGGGGGAAGGAAGCUAGAUCUUGAUCCCUUUAGUGGUUCCUGAUGCAGUCAGGAGGAGGGAGGCGGGAGCUGGUCGAAAUGCUGGGAUUGAACCAGGGACAGCCAGAGUUAAAAGCAUGAGUAGUCUGCUACAGCUUGAUUUAAAGCUUUGAGUCAGGUUCUGUCACAACUCAUACCUUGUGGAUUGGCACAGAGGGGGACUGGGAAUGAACGCUCACCCAGUGGAUUACAUAGGGACACCACCAGGUUUGUUCUUGGGGACCUGGUGACUGAGAACUGUUAACUCAAUGCAGGGGCGAGAGGCAGGAAAUCUCUCGGGGGCCGGCUGGAGCGUGGGAAGGGCUGGGAGGCCAUCCCAGGAGAAGUAACCCCGUAAUUCUUAGGGGAUGACCCUGAGCGGAACUGAGAAGGAAGCUGGGGGAGAUGACGCCCCUUCGUGGGUCCUGAAUCCAGACCAGGUCCCGUCACUUAGCGCAGCUGGUCACCUGUCCUGGGUGGGGAUGACAGAGACUGUCUGUGUCCCAUUCACCCUCACAAACCUGCCCAGGGCGGCAUAAAAGCCUCAACUGGGAUUUGAGACCUGGAGGCUGCUAUGACUUGCCCCCUGCUGAUGAGGCCACCUGCUGUCCUAUCCAGUCCCACUAGCAAUUGGAUUACUGAACUCCACUUUCUCUGGGCAUUUGAAUUGUUGCCUAUUAGAAAACAGUGCAGCCUAGCAGGUCUGUAAAUCAGGAGACCCGGGCAAGACAGGUACCCCGCCCUAGGGGGCAGCAUGCUCCAGCUAGAGCUCUGGUAGCAGGACACCUGGGUUCCAGGGGCACAAGCACAGGGCGGGUCAGGGGGCCACGGCCCUCCCACUUUUUAUUGGCCCGGGGAGGGGCAAAGAAGA